AUCGGUUAAACUGGUCACUUUGACCGUCUAUUUGGUUUUAAUUUCUUGGGCUCGUGAUACUUUUUGUUGCACUAAUGUCUGGUGGACAAAAAUUAUUAAGGGAGUUCAGCGGAAUCGAUAAGAUCUAUGUUGUUAAGCGAGAUGGAAGAAACGAAGCAAUUCACUGCGAAAAAAUCGCGAAGCGUAUACGCGCUCUGUGCUAUGGUCUGAACGAGUCGUAUAUAGACGUGGAGGCAGUAACAAAACGUGUAGUGUCUGGCUUGUAUCCUGGAGUGACAACUGUGGAAUUGGAUAAUCUGGCAGCCGAGACAUGCGCAAGCAUGAUUACGAAACAUCAUGAAUAUGCCAUUCUAGCUGCUCGUCUUGCCGUUUCAAAUCUGCACAAAGAAACAAAAUCUAGAUUUUCAGAUGUUAUCGAUGAUCUAUUCGGUUACAUUAAUCCUCGAACCAAAAAGCAUUCCCCUUUAGUCUCAAAAAGCCUUCGUGAUUUUGUUAGGGAAAAUGCUGAACGACUGAACAAUGUCAUCGACUACCAGCGAGAUUACACGUACAAUUACUUUGGAUUUAAGACUUUAGAGAGGUCGUACCUAUUAAAAAUAAAUGGAAAGGUUCAUGAGCGCCCACAGCAUAUGCUAAUGCGGGUAUCACUUGGGAUACAUAAGUCAGAUAUUGACAGUGCGAUUGAGACGUAUAACCUCAUGUCUGAAAAGUGGUUUACACAUGCUUCCCCUACUCUAUUUAACUCUGGAACACCCAAGCCACAGCUUUCGAGUUGUUUCCUUAUUACUAUGAAAGAUGAUAGUAUAGAAGGCAUUUACGAUACACUGAAAGAAUGUGCAAUUAUAUCUAAAAAUGCUGGAGGUAUUGGUAUAAAUGUUCAUAACAUUCGAAGUCUUGGGACUUACAUAGCUGGAACCAAUGGGGAAUCAAACGGUCUUGUCCCGAUGUUGCGCGUAUUUAACAGCACUGCACGAUAUGUUGAUCAGGGAGGUAAUAAGCGCCCGGGAGCCUUUGCCGUAUACUUGGAACCUUGGCACCCGGAUGUUUUUCAGUUCAUAGAAAUGCGGAAAAAUACUGGCGCGGAGGAGAUUCGUGCACGGGACUUGUUCUUUGCACUGUGGAUACCUGAUUUGUUUAUGCGCCGGGUUGAAUCUAAUGAUAAAUGGACAUUAAUGGAUCCUCAUGAGUGUCCAGGUUUGCCCGAACAAUGGGGUGAAAAUUUCGAAACUUUGUAUGAAAAGUAUGAACGUGAAGGUCGCGGCAGACAAACAGUUAAAGCUCAAGAGCUAUGGUAUGCUAUUAUUGAAUGCCAGAUUGAAACAGGCAACCCGUUCAUGUUGUACAAGGAUUCAUGCAAUCGUAAAUCAAAUCACCAACAUCUAGGCACAAUUCGUUGUAGCAACCUAUGUACGGAGAUAGUUGAGUAUUCUUCACCAGACGAAACAGCUGUCUGUAAUUUGGCUUCUAUUUCGUUGGGAAAAUUCGUUGACCGAAAUAGUCGUACUUUUGAUUUCGCCAAGCUACAAGAAGUUACGAAAGUCGUAACUAGAAAUUUAAACAAGGUUAUUGAUGUUGGAUUUUACCCAGUUGAAGAGGCUCGCAGAUCAAACAUGCGUCACCGACCGAUUGGUAUCGGGGUCCAGGGCUUGGCAGAUGCAUUUUGUCUUUUGAGGUACCCUUAUGAUAGUCCAGAAGCAGCAGACCUUAAUAAACGUAUAUUUGAAACAAUGUACUUUGCAUCUCUGGAUGCAUCAUGCGAGCUAGCGGUUGACCAAGGAACAUACGAAUCAUAUGAAGGUUCUCCUGUUAGUAAGGGUAUACUUCAACCUGAUAUGUGGGAUGUAAAUACAGAGGAGCUUUCCAAAGUAUCUGGUUUAGAUUGGAGUGGAUUACGUGCUCGAAUAAAAAAAUUUGGUCUACGCAAUAGUCUCCUAUUGGCCCCCAUGCCAACGGCAUCAACAUCUCAGAUUCUUGGGAACAAUGAGUCGACUGAACCCUUUACAAGCAAUGUAUUUUCUCGUCGCGUGUUAAGUGGUGAAUUUCAGAUUGUAAACCCAUAUCUUCUUGACGAUCUUACUAAAUUAGGGUUGUGGUCGGACGAGCUUAAAACAGCAAUUGUUUUGAAUCAGGGUUCUAUUCAACAUAUCGAUGGUAUUCCGAAGGAGUUAAAACCUUUGUACAAAACAGUAUGGGAGAUUUCGCAAAAAAAAAUUAUUGAUAUGGCUGCAGAUCGUGCCCCUUUUAUUGAUCAAAGCCAAUCUCUCAAUUUAUAUCUCGCUCAACCAAACUAUGGAAAAAUAACAAGUAUGCAUUUCUAUGCGUGGAGAAAGGGUCUGAAAACAGGUAUGUAUUAUCUGCGGACACGGCCUGCUGCUGACCCUAUCAAGUUCAGCGUAGACAAAACCAUUCUGCGAGUGCUAACUGAUUCUACCGCAAAAACAAAUGAACCUCAAAACAAUGAUUCAAUUGAUCAAACUGUCGAAGCUAUGGAAGAACUCCGAAUAAUAGAAGAGAUACAGAAACGUAAUGUGAAGGCUAUUGCUUGUAGCCUUAAUAAUCCCGAAGGAUGUUUAAGCUGCCAAGGAUAAUAUAACUUCAUUUUUUAAACUUUAUUUUUGUCAACAAACUUAUUAAUUGUAACUACAUUCAGAAAAUUUUUAUAAACUAAGAGCUUUAUGUUUAUUUUAUUCAGAGUAUAACGUAGUAAUAACUGUCCCAAAUUCUCGAUAUUAUAUUAUUAAUCACUUU